UUCAACCUUUCUCUAUAUCAUCAUCCACACUUCCGCACUUUCUUUGUACAAAAUGGAGCAUAACAAUCACUUUAUCACAUGCACUAUUCUCAUCAUCCUUCUAACUCUCCUCGGAAUCCUCCGACAAGAUUGCGAAUGCACAUCGCCUUCUCUGGCGCCAUCACCAGACCUCACCUUCGCCGAUGUGAGGCUAGCUGUGGUUUAUCCAAUUAUCCAGAGUUUCAAGCUCACAAUCACUUUGGACCCACUAGGGAUCACUAGCUCGUGGGUUGGCUCCGAUAUCUGCAAUUACACGGGCUUCUACUGUGACAAUCCACCGGACAACACCUCGGCGACGACACUCGCUGCAAUUGAUUUCAAUGGAUUCCAUCUUGCAGCCCUGACCCUCGAUGGGUUCAUCGACCAGCUCCCGGACCUCGCCAUCUUUCAUGCAAACAGUAACAACUUCUCCGGCACGAUCUCACCGAAGAUUGCUCAGCUCCCUUACUUCUACGAGCUUGACAUAAGCAACAACAAGUUUUCCGGCCAGUUCCCAUCUGCCGUUUUCGGCAUAGCUGGACUAUCAUUCUUGGACAUUCGAUUUAACUUCUUCACUGGGGCUGUGCCACCACAGGUCUUCAGUCAAGCCCUGGACGCGCUCUUCAUCAACAACAACAAUUUCAUGCAAAAGCUCCCCGAUAACUUCGGUUCCACGCCGGUCCAAUACCUUACCUUAGCUAACAAUAAGUUCACUGGCCCGAUACCAACAAGCAUCGGCAAUGCUUCAUCAACCUUGACAGAAGUGCUCCUCCUAAACAAUUAUCUCACAGGAUGUCUGCCCCAUGAGAUCGGGCUACUAAAAAAAGCCACGGUUUUCGAUGUCGGGAACAACCUGUUGACGGGCCCGCUCCCCUGCUCCCUCGGAUGCCUGGAGAGCAUUGAGCAGCUCAACUUCGCCAGGAACUACCUAUAUGGAGAGGUUCCCGAGCUAUUGUGCGGGGUGAAGAGCCUAGUAAACCUGUCCCUAUCGAACAACUACUUCACGAAGAUCGGGCCAACAUGCUGGAAGCUGGUGAAGAGCGGGGUGUUGGACGUGAGGAAGAACUGCAUCCAUGGGAUUCCUGAUCAGAGGCCUUAUUGGGAUUGCUUCAAUUUCUUCUCCCACCCGAGAGCUUGUCCUACUUACCCUUACUGGUGGUGGCGGCAUUGGCAAUAUUAUGUGCCCUGCAAAAUUCAUUCUCCACCUCCGCCAAUGCCGCCCAAGAGCUCAGCGGGUCCGCCGCCACCCAAAUAUCGGCCUGCCUCCUCCUCGAUCACAUAUUCCGCUCUUAAUAGGCAUCGGUUGCGAUAAAUAAAAAAUAAUAGCGGUUGGUGAAAUCAAAAUAAUUAAUCAAUUGUAAGAUAAAUAAAUUGUUAGUGAAUCGACAAAUAAAUCAUACCAUAUUUAAAAAGAUUAACCUUUUAAAGUAUACAAUUGUAGCAAGCUCAGAAUUUCACAUAGUAUCGUAGCAGAUUCAAUACAUCACACACACGUAUGCCUCCGAUGCAAUCAAUUUUCUCGUAA